GAAACCAUUAAAAAAUAACGAUUCUCUAAGAGAAUUCAUUAUUUUGGCAAAACAAUUAUGGGAGCCCACUAAAAAUAAUGAUUCUCUAAGAGAAUUCAUUAUUUUGGCAGACCCACUAUGGGAACCCGUCAAAAAUAAUGAUUCUCUAAGAGAAUUCAUUAUUUUGGUGAACUCUUUACGGGAACCCGCCAAAUAUGACGAUUCUCUAAGAGAAAAUUAUUAUUUUAGCGAAUUCUCUAUGGGAACUCGCUAA